UGGAUCCAACGAGAAGUGGUCACAAUGGUUAAUCCGUUGUCGCUUUUCCUAGUGUGUGUGUGUCUUUUUUGUCCAAGUGAAGGUCAAAUUGGUGGAGGAAGAUCGGACCUUCCAAUUAAUUCUGAUGAUGAAACUGCUUUCUAUCCCGAGACAUUUGAUCUUGCCAAAGGAUCCAUAAUUACCGUUAAUGCAACUUGUGGUCAAGCUGGUCCAGAGCCAUUUUGUUUUCCAAGUCUCGACGCAAGGGAAAAUGAAUGUGGAGUUUGCGAUGCAACAAGUCUUAAUCCUGAAAGGAGACAUCCAAUUUCCAAUGUAAUUGAUGGUACAAAUUCCUGGUGGCAAAGUCCAUCGCUGCAAAAAAGUCGAAAAUUCGAAUGGGUCACAAUCACAAUUGAUUUGAAACAAGUUUUUCAAAUCCAUUAUGUUAAAUUAAAAGCGGGAAGGUCACCAUUACCAGGCAACUGGAUUAUUGAAAGAUCAGUUGAUGGGAUUGAAUACAAACCAUGGCAAUUUUUCGCCCUCAGCAACACUGAUUGUUGGCGUUUCUUUAGUACAAAACCAAUUGCUCAUCAUCCACCGCAUUAUCGAUCUGAUGACGAAGUUAUCUGUACUUCAUAUUUCUCAUCGCUUCGUCAGUCUCAAUAUGGAGAGGUGAACUUAUCAUUGUUAGAAGGUCGUCCCGGGGCAAACCUUUUGACCGAAACUCUUAAACAGUUCAUGAAAGCUCGUUUUGUUAGGCUAAGACUUCAAAAAAUUCAAAGCCCAUUGGAUGGAAGUGAUGUGUUUACAAACCCAGAUAGAUAUAACCUAACAUCAGUUAACCAACUAUUUUAUACACUGCAAAGCCUAGAAAUUAUUGGUCAAUGUAUUUGUAAUGGUCAUGCAAGAGCCUGUCCAAUUGAUCGAGGAACACUUCUCAGAAAAUGCGAUUGUCUUCAUAACACUUGUGGAGACAAUUGUGAAAAGUGUUGUCCUUUGUUCAACCAAAAACCUUAUAGACAGGCAACAAAGCGUAAUUCAUCAGUUUGUGAAGUUUGUCAAUGUAACGGACAUUCAACUGAAUGUAUCUAUGAUAAAAAUGUCGAUGCUCGAAAUGGAAGUGUAAACAUAUUUGGUCAACGAUCAGGUGGUGGAGUCUGUAUCAACUGCCAGUCCCAUACAACUGGUAAUAAUUGUGAUCAAUGUGAGGAUGGAUAUUUCCGACCUAAAGGAGUAGUCGUUAAUGAUACUUCGCCAUGUCGACCAUGUCAAUGUCGUGGUAGAGGAACAACCGAGUAUUGUAUUAAGGAUAGUAGCCAUGUAUUAACUGGAUUAGAUGCUGGUGACUGUAUAUGUAAAAAAGGGUUCCAAGGUAAAUAUUGUGAUUCUUGUGCCCCUGGUUAUCGUAAUUAUCCAAGGUGUGACUCCUGUUACUGUAAUGGAGCUGGAGUAGUAAACCCAGAAGCCUGUGAUGGUCCAUGUAUAUGUAAAGCAAACGUUGAAGGAGCUCGGUGUGAUCGUUGUAAACAAGGCUAUUUUGAUUUGUCUGCUGAUAAUCCUGAUGGUUGUGCACCUUGUUUCUGUUUUGGGGCAACCAAUACAUGUAAAUCUUCAGAUUGGGGAGUUGAAGUUAUAUCAUCUUUGGCUCACCUUGAAGCUUGGAGAGUUUCUGAUUUCGCAGGUAAAAAGGUUGUUACCCCUCAGCGAAAAGAUGAUCACUUGGUUGUCGCGGAUGAUGAUAUGCAGCCUAUGUCCUCUCCAUAUUAUUGGAUGGCUCCAGAAAAUUAUCUUGGUGAAAAAUUAUACUCUUAUGGGGGUGACUUACGAUUCAUGAUUGGUUACACCGUUUUACGUGGAGAUACUUCUGGUUAUUAUACCGAGGAUGCAGAUAUAAUCUUGGAUGGUGGUCCAGAAACUCUGAUGAGAAUUGGUUAUAAUUGGAAAAAGUAUGAUAAAAAUGAAGAAGACAAAGUUACAUUAACAUUACCGUUGCGAGAAAAUGGUUGGUAUAUCCUUGAUUCAGAUGGACGUCGUGUUCGCCCUGCGUCACGAGAAGAGUUUACACUUGUUUUGUAUAAUUUACGUCGAAUGUUGAUCCGUGCCAAGUUCCAUACCGAUCAAAUUGAAGGAUCCUUGUACAAUGUUGAGAUGGAGCAAGCUUCUAAAGAUUCUAAAUCACUGAAUAAGCAAACUGGUGCAGAAGCUUGUGAUUGUCCUGAGGGUUAUGCUGGUUUAUCGUGUUUAAAUUGUGCACCAGGCUAUCGUCGGGUUAAUAAUAUACUUGUUGGUGGUCGUUGUGAAAAGUGUAAUUGUAAUAAUCAUGCUGAAACUUGUGAUCCGUUCACCGGGGAAUGUUCUGAAUGUUUACAUAACACGGAAGGAGUUGGAUGCUCGCGAUGUAAAAAAGGUUAUUAUGGUGAUCCAACACGAGGAAAGCCUGAUGAUUGUAAACCAUGUGCUUGUCCAUUAACCUUGGCAUCUAAUAAUUUUUCACCGACCUGUGUGUUAACUCCAUCUGGAGAUGAUUAUCGGUGUGAUGCUUGUAUUGAACCAUAUACCGGAGAUAAAUGUGAAAUAUGUAAAAACGGCUUUUAUGGUGAUCCAACUGUUCCAGGAGGUGAAUGUCUUCCUUGUGAUUGUGGACCAAAUGUGGACUCAUCAGUUCCUGGGGCUUGUGAUCAUAGAACUGGGCAAUGUCGCUGCGCUUCCAACACCACUGGAUGGAAGUGUGACCAAUGUUUAGCUUAUCAUUGGGGUAAUCCAGCUAUUGGGGAUUGUAAACCAUGUAAUUGUGAUCUUUCUGGAUCAAUUGAUCCUCAAUGUGAUCCCAAAACUGGUCAAUGUUCCUGUAAACCCAAUUUUACCGGCCGUUUGUGUGAUCGAUGUGCUGUAGGACAUGGUAAUCCUGAAUUAGGCUGCCCUCCUUGUAGUUGUAAUGCUAUUGGGUCUUCUUCGUCUGAUUGUGAUCCAGUUACUGGUCAAUGUCAUUGUAAACCCGGAGUAUUUGGUCAACAUUGCUCUCAUUGUUUAGAAGGCUAUUACGGGUUUUCUGCUCGAGGCUGCCUUCCUUGUGAUUGUCAUCCUAAGGGAUCGGAGGGACGAGUUUGUGAUGAAAUUACUGGUCAAUGUAAAUGCAAGCCCCUCGUUGAAGGUAGAGCUUGUGAUCGAUGUCGACCAGGAUUUUGGAAUCUCGAUUCUGGUAAAGGCUGCUCACCAUGCGAUUGUAAUGGAGUGGGAUCAAUGUCAUCGGUUUGUGAUCAAUUAACUGGACAGUGUGAAUGUAAACCAGGUAUCGGAGGUAAUAAAUGUGAUACUUGUAAAGUUGGCUUUUAUGGUUUUUCUCCUUCUGGAUGUCAAAAAUGUGAUCCUUGUUACGAGCCAAAUCAUAUUUGUAACCCAGAAACUGGUAAAUGUGAAUGUCCGCCAAACACUGCAGGUAAAGAUUGCCGCGACUGUGCUCCAGGAACUUAUGGUCUAGAUAUUUUAGAAGGCUGCAAAGCAUGUGAAUGUGACAUUCAAGGUUCAGUUAAUAAUCAAUGUCACAACAAAACUGGUGAAUGUGUUUGUUUAGAGGGCUUUGAGGGCAAGGACUGUUCCAAAUGUCGAUUCGGUUAUUACAGAUUCCCUAACUGUAGGAGAUGUGACUGUCAUUCACCCGGAACAUUAGAAUCAUCUUGUCAACUCGAUUUAAGAUCAAUGAACGGACUCAAUGACCCAGAACGCAUUUGUCAAUGCGAUGAGACUGGCCAAUGUACCUGUAAAGUCAAUACAAUGGGAAGAAGAUGUGAUCGAUGUAAAGAUGCCACCUUCUCACUUACGGCUUCGAAUCCACUCGGGUGUUUUAGUUGCUUCUGUUUUGAAAAAACCUCUCGAUGUGAACAAUCAUCAUUUACUUGGACAACAAUCACAACAGCUCCUAAGGAAGUUACUUUCGGUAUAAGUGAGACACCUGCUGAAAUCAAAUUGGGUUAUAGCAUAAUACCUGAUUCAGAGUCAAAGCAAAUUACCAGCGGAAAUUAUGUUACAGAUCAACCUUACUAUUGGCAAUUGCCAAAAGAAUUUAUUGGAGAUAAAGUAAAUUCUUACAAUGGUUAUCUCUCAUUUCGAGUAUUUUCUCGAGAAGAUUCACGAUUUUCAGAGAGUGUUCUCCGUCGUUAUCCACUCUUGAUUAUUCAAGGAAAUCAAAGGUUGAUAUUACACCAUUUUGAGAAAGAAUCACCAUUAACAGCAGCAUCUUAUAUGGGCGAUUUUCAUAAAAUUCAACUCCACGAGUCAUCCUUUAUUCUUGCCGAAAAUCCUGGACUCGAAGUAACUCGAAAACAUUUAAUGAUUUCAUUACAAAAAGUUCAACACAUAUUUAUCCGAGCAUCCGCAGGUCCUGAUGUCCAGUUAGCUCGUUUGUCUGAUGUAACUCUUGAUGUGGCUGAAGAUUUGCGUAUAUUAAACUCUUCACCAGUUAAUUUCACUGCUGUUGGCGUUGAACAAUGUCUCUGUCCGCCUCAAUACCGUGGACCUUCAUGUCAAGAUCCUAAUAUUGGUUAUUACCGAAAACGUAAACCCAACUAUCUUGAUUCUCGUGAUUACAUUGAUCUAGUUGGUUGGGCUGAGCUUUGUCCAUGCAAUAACCGUUCAAGAACGUGUGAUCCAGAAACAGGACAUUGUUAUAAUUGUACUGAUAACACUGCUGGACCUUUUUGUAACUUAUGUGCUCCAGGUUAUUAUGGUGAUCCAACUCAAAAUAUACCUUGUAUACCAUGUCAUUGUCCGCUUCCAGGUCAUUCUUUUGCUGAAACGUGUGAAACUCGACCUGGAAAUGAUUAUGUUUGCUCUGACUGUGCUCCUGGUUAUACCGGAUCACGAUGUGAAAGAUGUGAUGAUGGCUAUUAUGGUGAUCCAAUGGCUCGUGAAUUUUGUUUACCUUGUUCCUGUUCACCUUAUGGCUCUAUUGGACCAAGUUGUGACCCUAAAACUGGUCAAUGUUUGUGUAAAGAAGGUUUUCGUGGACGUGAUUGUUCAAUCUGUCUACCUCGUCAUGUCCAAACAGAAUCUGGUUGCCUUGAUUGUGAUGGGCCUUGUACUGGUUUGUUACUCGAUGAUUUAGAUUCAAUUAAUGCUACACUAGCUGAGUUGCCAACAACUGAUUGGGGAAAUUUACCUUACACCAAAUUUCUGCAUCUUUUAUCAAAAUAUAAACAUUUUCUCAACACUUUGGAACGACAAUCAGCAUUAAUUGAUGGAGGUAAAGAUAUCUUGUUCAACGUAACAUCCAGCUUUGAUUUGGAAACAUUGGCUGACAUGCUUUACAUAAGAACUGUCAAUUUGGAAGCUAGAUUACCGAUGGUUGUGGAGGAAACUAAACUAGUUGGUGAUGAUGCUGAAAAUCUUCUUGAUUUUAUCACCGAUCGCUUAUAUGAUUUGAAAAGAAUUAUUGACGCUUUAAGAAACUUUGGAACUGAUAAUGGUCAAGGAGGCUACAAUUUAGAACGAUUGUUAUUCCGAGCUGAGCAAAUAAUCUCCGAGUUAGGCCUCAAGAAUCUUCGCCCUCGAUUGGAAGAAGCAUCAAGAGAAAAUCGUUUAUCCAAAACAUUAUUGGAUAAAAUAGUAGCUCUCCUUAAAUCACCGAAUGUAGAUCGAGAUUUUCGUAAAAGAUUGGAUCGUUUACAGCAAAGGCUCUCUGAGAUCUUUAAUAUUGUUCAAACUCGAGUCCAAAGACCCGUACAAUUGACUUUAAAUCGCAUCAAUGAAGGUCAAAGGACUCGUGAUCGUGUGAUUGAAACAAUAAAACUUAGUCAAGGGCAUGCAACUCAAGCAAAUGCUAGUUUAACAGAGGCCAGAAGAUUAAUUAAUGCAGCUCGAGCAAGUUUAGUUGAAGUUAAUGUUAAACACGGUUUGGUUCCUGGUCUUGAAAGAGAUUUGAGGAAUUCAACAUUAGCUUUGGAACGUUUAAGGUCAACUUUAAGUCGUCUCAAUCCUGAAUACACAACUAAAUAUGUUGAACCUUGCCAACGACAUGCAAUAGAAUUAAUGAAACAAUUGGAAUAUUUGAAAGGACUUUUUGCUGAUACAGAAAAUUUCUCAAAAUAUGCUCUAGAAGCUGCUCGGGUUUACGAAAGGAUUGUUGCUGCCUUGGCUAGAGCCGAAGAAUCAGCUAAACGAGCUUACGAAGCUGCUGAGAGAGCUUAUCACGAAGCUUAUCCAGGAAUUGAAGGUUCAUUGACAAAGCAAGCUCAAAAGGCGAAAGAGCGAAGUUACGAACUAUUAGAGGCAGCUCGCGAUCUUCGAGAUAAUCGAAUUCCAAUGCUGGAAAAGGAUCUUUCAAUGAAACAAUCAAAUCUUAAUGGUUUAUCAGCUGAUUUAGAAAACGCUAGAAGAGCUCUUGAAAUGAUUAAUCAAGCUCUUGAUGAAUUGCCACAAGAUUUACGUGAAGUUAUCAUUCAAAUUGACCAUAAAUUAAGUUUUCUUCUCGAGGGAUUAGGCCAUACUCAUUUAAAGAUUGAUGCUAUUGAGAAAAAGAUUGCUUCUGAUCUUCAACCUCGAAUUGAUCGUCUAAAUGAAGGCACAGCAUCUGGAAUUGAAAACUUUACACGAAUCAUUGAUAAAGCAAGAGCUGAUAUCAGAGAUUCAAGUAGAUUUUUGGUAAACUCUGAAAAUUUAAAGAGAAGGCUGGACGGACUGAAAACACGAUUUGAACUUGAUUUUACUGACCUUAAACAUAGGAUUUUAUUGUCUCGUCAAAAAGCUUCAUCAAUCCGUGUUUCAUUGGGUGCUGAGCGAGAUGAAAUUUGUGUUAAAUCAUAUCGAUCACCAACUCAACCUUCGGCAACAAAUUCAAUUAGUUUGAAUUAUGCUAUAAAAGAAGAUGUUCCCAACUCAUUGAUAUUGUUUAUCUCAUCAUCAAAUAAUUCUGACUUUAUGGCACUUGAAAUGAUAAAUAGGCGAAUAAGAUUCACUUGGAAUGCUGGAGGUGGAUCAAAAUCAUUGGAACAUCCAACAAUAAUUGAAUCUAAUGAUGGUAACCUACUUAGAGCGCGACAUUGGUACAAAAUUGAAGUUAACAGAGUCAACAAUUUAGUCACCUUAAAUGUUCAACCAUCAACCGAGGCACAUAAGCCUGAUGCUCAGGAAGUUAUGGGAUCUUCUGAUCCUAAAUCAUGUAAAAUGGAUCUUGAUGAUAAAGCACACUUUUUCAUUGGAGGAUUACCAGAUAAAUUUGAUGCUCCAACUAUAAUGAAAACUCGUAGGUUCACUGGUUGUCUUUACGAGGUUUAUCUUGACGACCAGCGAAUAGGCCUUUGGAACUUCAAAACUUCACAAGGAUGUCGAGGUUGCAUGGAAGGUGCUACAGAGCUUAUUGAUUCAGGAACAUUCCAGUUCAAAGGUGAUGGUUCUUAUGCUUUGAUGGAACAGAUUCAACGUUAUGACAGAGAGAAGUAUAUUGUUGCUUUGCAAUUUAAAACCUUCGACGAAGACGCAAUCAUCUUUUUCUCGGGCAAUCCAGACACUGGUGACUUUGUUUCAAUAUCACUUCAAGAUGGCCGAGUAUUGUAUCAAUUCAAUCUUGGUUCAGGAUCAAGGCUUCAACUGCGCUCUCGUGAAAGAUAUAACAAUGGUCAAUGGGUCCGUUUGGCUGCUGAAAGAGAUCGAUGGAUGGGUGUUUUGUCUGUUGAAGAUGAAGUGUUGGAAGGAAAUGCCGCUCAAGGAACUAGUCAACUGGAUCUUAAUCAUGUACAAAUUUAUUUCGGUGGAGUUCCACCCAAUUUCACUCAAGAUUUAUGGACUCAAGUAACAUUCAAACAUUUCUUGGGUUGCAUGAAAGACGUUCAAAUUGAUACAACUCCUCUUAAUUUGUUGACCAUUGAAAAUUAUGGAGUUAUACCUGGUUGUAAAGAUCGAACUUCAAGAAUAGUUAAAUUCACAGGCCACGGUUAUCUGGAAUUGAACAGUCGUCCACUUGGUGAAGAUAGUGAUUUCAGUUUUACAUUCCGAACCAAUCAAUCUGAGACACUCUUAAUCAUGUCUACAUUCCAGGGUAAAACUAAAAAGGCUCGCGAUUAUCACUAUUACUCAGUAGCAGUUAUUGGAGGUUUACUUGAAGCUCGAUUCAAUGGAGGAUCUGGUGAAACUUUACUCAUUUCUGAAAUGAGAGUUAAUGAUGACGUUUUCCAUACAUUAACAAUAUCUAAACGAAACCGAAGAAUUUCAUUGACUCUUGACGACAAAGAAGUAGCUGUUUCUAGAUUGGCCAAAGGAACCAAUACAAUUGAAGGUCCAGCAAAUGGUGGACUUUAUCUUGGUGGUCUUUCUGAAGGAAUGACACUUAGAGGAAUGGCAGGUACCAAGGAAAGACUAAUUGGUGUAAUUCGUGAUUUUGUUUUCAAUGGAGCCAUAAUGAAACUGAAUGAACCAACGAGCUUUAAAGGAGUUGGUAUUGGUCGAGGUCAAUAAUAGCGCUUAUUUUUUUAAAGUACACAAUUAUCAUUUAUAACCUUUAUAUGUAAAUCUGCCAUUUCAAUUUUUUUUAAUAGUUAAAAUUAAUGAUGCCUGCCUAAAAAAUAUGCAAAUUACUAAAUCAUUUACCAAUCAAGCGCUUUUUCAUUUUCAUUUCAAGACAUCUCAAGAGUUUAAAUUAAAAAGAGACGAUUGGA